AUGGACUCAUCAUUUUUUGUAUUACAAUGUGUUGAAGGAUUUAUCUCCGCGCUAUCGAUUCUUCCACCUCCUAUGCUAUGUGAAAGUAGGCUAGCGAACGGUGAUGCAACAAAUAAUGUAUGGAUGAAGGGUUUUACGGAGGGAGCCAGCUGUCGAUCUCCAUCAGAAACAUUAUUUGUGCUUGAUAAAAUAAAUCUUGAUCGUGGGAGGGAAGUUGGAUCAAUUGAACAAUGGGAACAAAAAAAAUGUCGAGGACGAGACGCGAGCUGUACUGAUAGGAUGGCUGCCAUGUCUGGUAACAACCGUGGAGCACCUAUCGGGCGUUUUGUUCAAGGUAAACUUAAACGAACGUCAAAAGCUAGUAGAGGCAUAAUAGUGGCAAACCCGAAUCAAUCACGGAAGGGACCCUCUCAAAGUGGAACAAAAAUCGGUGAUUCUGUCCAACAGGACGAGGAAGUAGCAACAAUUGAAACCGACAAGGUACAGACCUGUGGUUCGGAUGCAACGGCUUCAAAGGAGGAAGUUGCAAGACCAGAACCAAAGCAAGAAGAGGUCAAAGAACAACCUAGAAAAGAGAUCAAAGAUGAAGAAACCAAAGAGACAGUCCCUCCUACUUCACAAAAAUCAUCACAACCAGGUAUCCAUCUACAGGUUUACAUGCCAUUCCAUUCAGUUUGUGGUUAUAAUGGGGAGUUGUGUUUUAUUAUAGAACCCGAACCUGCUGUGAAUUUACCUUCUCCCGAACCGUCCAUGCCCCCAAGAAAGGCUGACGUUUAUUAUGGUGAACGUGAGGAGCGUCAAGUCAAAAUGAAUAGGAUGCGUUUGCGAAUUUCUGAACGUUUAAAAGAAUCGCAAAAUACCGCUGCGUCUUUGACAACAUUUAACGAAAUUGAUAUGAGUAACAUCAUUGAACUUCGCAACACUUAUAAGGAUGCGAUCAUCAAGAAGCACGGCGUAAAAUUAGGAUUUAUGUCUGCAUUUGUAAAGGCGUCGGUAUUUGCUCUUCAGGAGGUCCCGGCAGUAAAUGCCUCCAUCUCAGAGGCCGGGGACACAAUUCUCUACAGAGAUUAUAUUGAUAUGAGUGUUGCAGUGGCUACACCGAAAGGUCUUGUAACACCUGUGGUCCGUAAUGCUCACUUAUUAUCCUUCGUAGAAAUAGAAAAGGCUAUUGCAGAAUUGGGUCAAAAG